AUGGACAUGGACCCGCUAGCUGAAGUGAACAAGCUGGUCUUGGGAACGAACCGAAUGUUUCCGACAACCUUUGCGCUCUCGUCGAUCGAGCUUAUGUUGAAGUGUUCAGCAUUCGGAGCUAACAGGACCGUCUUGAGGCACUUCGCCAGGGAGGUCAUCAAGUGCCAAAGACCUGAGAUGGAAGAAGGAGGUGAUGAGGACGACGACGAAGAUCAUGAGUCGCAGUAUGGUAUGGCCCGACAAAGAUUCUUCCGCCAUGUUGUGUACUGGCUGGCAUCAGACACCGAUCAGGAAAUUCCUCUUGUGGUGCAGGAUGCGUACUUGCGCAUGGUGUGUGUGCUGCUUCAGCCUCAUGAGAUCGAGGAUAUGCUCCAUGACCGCUGGGAUAGCAGGUCUCAAAGACUGCGCCUGGUUCCUGAGAAGCCGACGCACAUCGUCUUGCUGCUGAUUCAAUGGUUCACGCAGUAUUUGAAACGCUUCCCGGAAUUGCACGUUUUCAGUCCUCGCAUCUCCCCGGUGGUUGAAGCCAUCGAUGCUCGAGUUACAUACGAUCUGUCUCCAUAUUUCAUCCGGGAUCACCUGCUGCUCCUCUUGCUGCAGACGCUGACGGCCUACAACGAGCAGAACACGUGGAAAAGAUGGUUCUCGAACAAGUUUUUGACGUCAGGACCACCACCUAAAGAAGUGAUGCUUGGAGGUCCAAAUGACCAGCCGCCAGGCCCCGACAAGGUCCUUCUGGACUUUGAUUACAUGGUCACGAACGGAUGCUUCGAAGGGCAGCCGCCGAAGCCGCUGGAACCCGGUCAGGAACCAGCCGUUGAGGAAGCAAACGACGAGGAGCAGGACGGCCCCGAUCUGCUGACCCAGUUGUUUGCGGUCCUCUUUGAUCAAAGAGACUGGUGCCACCGUGAAUGGUCUCUUGAUGAAGAGGUGUGCGUGGUCAUUCAGCAGAUUAUGGAUUUGGGCCUUUGCGAUGCCGAACAACGCGAGCAAGCCAAAAUUUUGCUGCAGCGAAUCGGGCCUGAGGAAGUGUCGGCGCUGGCUGACUCCAACUUGCCGCGUCCCUGGUGGCCCGACCAUGGCUCCAAGCAGGACAAAGCCGACGCUUUCGAAGAAGAACACAUGGCGCCACAAGAGGACGUGGAGAAGGUCGAUGCAGAGGCGAGGGGGAGCGACAAGUCCGAUUUCCUGCAGAACUCAGGGCAGGCUGGAUCUGGAGUUGGAUUUGCAGGGAACAAGCAAGAUGAGUUCGAAGAGCUUUGGCAGGUCACCGCGACACGCGUCGGCCGUCAUCUCAAGAUUUCAGAGAAGGACCGAGAGAUGCACUCUCGCCAUGCGCAGCCCUUCAAAGUCUUGGUGGGAGACCCGGGCAAAGUCUCCGAAGGAGGCCCGGACCCGGUCCUGCCCCGAGGAUUGCGAAUGCCCGGGCACAGCAAGCAGGUGCGAGAAGAGGAGGACCUCAAGGAUUUUAUGUACGAGCUGGUCGAACUUGAGGAUAGCAAGCUCGCUGCCAACCUGCGAGUUGAUGUGAAUCUCUGGCGACGCCAGCAGCUGGUGCAUUCCAGUUUCGAACUGAUUGGCACAGACGAGCGAACGUGGAAUGUGCAGCAAGAUUUGCGGGACAAGAUGAGCUCGUUGGGGAUGAAGCUCUUCUUUGAAGACAAUGUGCUCAUGGAGUUGAUGAUGGAGGUACAUGUGACCAUCGAAGCUCGGGACGUCAGAGCGGCGCUGCUGCGCACAUCCGAUGAUCCUUCAAAGCCCCAAGGGCCUCAAGGGGGCGACAAGGAACUCGACAGGGACAUCACUAUGAAUCAGGUCUUCUUUGAAGUAGAGGUUAACAACUCUGAUGUGGUCUUCCUGGAGAACUUCUCGUACACUCUCGGACGCAAGAAGCUUGUUCUGCAACUCCUUGGAGCCAACACCGUGACUAUGCGGUCCCGAUGCCUCUUAAACACGCCCGGCAUAACCAUCACUGUGGCGAAUCCUCGGCUGACAGCCUUGACGAGCCCGACAAGCUUUGACGCGGAGGUGAUACAAAAGGUCGUGAAUGUGGGGAAGCAAGAACAUGCCGUUUCCAACGAGCCUGGAGUCGAGCUGCAGGACGAGCAAGCGCUGGAGUCCCUCACCGACAAGAAGGGCCUAGCUCGUAAGGUCAUCCAUCACCUGAUGCCGCGUUACAGGAACAUUCUGGUGGACAUCAUCGAAGAGCAGUGCUUUGGGCUGAGCGGCGGGACAUCAGGGCUCGACCGUGUCAGGCUCUCGCGCAUUUUGGAGGCUGAGCAUCAAGACGUUGUCGCAAUGGUCAACAGGGCAUGCAGCUAUGUAAUGCUUGAACAGCUGUUGACCAAGCUGGACAUUGAACGUGGGGACUGGGAGCUGCAGGUUCAAACGACCUUCCCAAACCUUAUGCCCGUGUUUGAAACCCUUAGCGAGUACGCUUUCGACGAGAUAAACGACUCCGAGGUGCCGCUGGUCCUUUGUCGUGAACCUGAGGAGGAACGAAUGGAGACUUUGCGCUCAUGGAUCCUGCGUAUUUGUCAUGUCAUUCGCACUGUGGCAUUCACCAACCAAUCUCGCCUAAGUUUCGCGAAUGAUGGGGGACAGACCAGUGCGGGCGAGAUGGAGGAGGAGAACAUCUUCGAAAAGCUGUUCGAUGACACAGGGGAGAUGCUGCUGGCGCGGGCAUGCUGCGCCUCCUUGCUCAACAUACUGCAGGAAAUCUUCACCCGUCAAGACGACAUCGAGGAAAUCUGGGAGAGGUGGACACCAGCCCAGCAGACAAGUCAUCAGUUUCUGAAGUCGUUUGUUGUGGAGAAGGCAAUGUUCUUCUGCCCCUUCAGCGUUGCAACGGACAUGAAGAAAAAGGUUCGGCUGAGGCUGACGCGCUUUUUCGAGGAUGCACAGGUUGAGCCUACAGACCCGCUGCGGCUGGUUCCAGAGAUGCUUUACCAUCCCGAUGUUUGGCUGCGCCUUGAAGCUCUUAAAUUGGGUUGCAAACUUCUGGAGGAUGCUGAUCUGAAUCUUCAAGCGGCUUUCUGCAAGUUUGAUUCGCCCCAGCUAAACCUUCAGAAGGCACUUGCCUACCAGUUCAGCAGCUUCCAUCAUCACGAGCAACAUGGGGACGACGAGACCAGAGUCAUGGACGUCAUGCUCAGGAAGAUCCAGAAUUUAUGCGAAGGUCACAAUUCCAAGCUCCAGGCUUUUGUCGGUGAAGAUCUGUCCAUUGAGGACAAAGACUUUGCAACCCUUUUGGCUGAAUAUCUUCAGAGGAACGAAGACGAUGACGAUGACGAUCAAGAUCGCAGCAUGGAAGGGCCGACCAACCUUGUUGAGUGGAUUUGCACCCUCGCUCGGCAAACCAUUGAGCAAAUGAAGUCCGACCAGCAAUGGCAGGUGUCAAUGGGCAGAUCAGAGACAAAGUAUUCCAUGCUCAAGCAACUGUUCGACACAGCUGCUGAAAUUGUGCAAGGCCCUGACCGUGGAAAUCAAAAGUUGCUGCUGGAAAGUGAAAUUCUUUUGGACGUGAAUCAGCUCUGGAUCCGACAACGCACAGAUGAGUUUACCUUCCGCGCACUGCUCCAAGACAACGAGGAUUUGUUCGAGUCCUUUAUGAAGCUGCUGCGUUCCAUGCGUAACUGUGAAAUCUCUGUCUUGAAGUUUCUCAUGUCUCUGCUCGAAGAAGAAGAGCUUGAUCCUGAAGAUCCCAACUAUAGGCAGACAUCCGAGGAGGUCGUGGAACACAAGGGAUCCACAAUUCGACGCAUGGUGGAGGAACUGAGCCCCAAAAUUAUUUGCGACAAGGUCAUCACUCACUGGAACCUCUCGCCGGAGGUUCACGACCCUGCCAACAUGAUCAAACCAGUUCAGGAUGCUGAUGAAGUGGUGGAGAAUGACACAGCUGAGGCGGUCAUCCGGACGAAGGGUGAGAAGGAGUCCACAGACUACACUCUUGCCGAACAGGAGGAGCAUUGCCUGGAGAUUUGCUUCCUUUGCUGGGCGCUCUUCGAAGGAAUCCAACAGGCUCCAGAAUUUGGCAACAGGAGCUUCUUCGCAGGUCACGGUUACAGCAGAACUUUGAAGCAGUCGAGAGGAACUCUGGACCACAAGAUGAAGAAUCCUGUUCUCCACACCCGCAACCAGUGCUCUGGCUUACA